AUGGCCACUGCAGAACAGACUGUGCCCGCCGAGUCCCAAGCUCCCACUGCCGUCCCUGAACAACAGCCCGCUCAAGACAGCCAGAUGUCCGGACAAGAUUCGCAAGCGGGGGUGGCUCCCUCAACUGAGGCUGUCACGGACCAGACUGCCCAAGCCAACGGCCUGAUGUUUCCGAAUCAAGGUACCGCCUUGGCUGUACCACCUGGCCCAACAAACAACAGCAAUGGCACAUUCCCGCCUCUGAGUACCAUCGCAACCGCUGAGCAACCCACGAACGGGCCCAACGGCGCGAAUGCUAAGCAGGGCGCGACCGGCCAGAAGAUGACUGCCGAUGAAAUAGCGCUAUAUGAUCGCCAGAUUCGCCUUUGGGGAAUGCAAGCCCAACAGAAGAUUCAAGGCGCUCAUAUUCUUCUGAUCACGAUGAAGGCUCUGGCCAAUGAGAUCGCAAAGAACCUCGUCCUAGCAGGCAUUGGAUCUCUAACCAUUGUUGACGAUCAGAUCGUGACUGAAGCCGAUUUGGGCUCUCAGUUCUUUCUCUCCCAGGAAAACAUCGGACAAACCCGCGCAGUGGCAGCUGCUGGUCAGAUACAGAAGCUGAAUCCACGAGUCAAGGUCUACCCCGAUCCCGAUUCCAUCAUGAACAAAGGGGCGUCCUACUUCUCGGCCUUUGACAUCGUCAUCGCAACAGACCUCAACCCUACCCUGCUCGCCUUCAUCAACACCGCCACCCGCCUCCACAAUAUUCAGUUCUAUGCGGCUGGUUCACACGGCUUUUACGGCUACAUCUUCUGUGACUUGAUCGAGCAUGACUACGUUCUGAAGCGUGACAAAGGCAACGGGAAGACUGCUCUGGGCCCGGAAGAUGGCAGCCGCACACGCAGCGUGACGGAAUUUAAGACUCAGAGGGAGGGCAACAAGACUAUCGAAUUAGUCAGCAAGCGUGAGCUCUAUUCGACAUGGGACCUUGCAUCCGAGACGAGCGCAUUGCCGUCCGAGUAUCUGAAGUCGAAGCGUCGCCUCAAGGCUGUGACACCGGCCCUCUCCUGUCUGCGUGCUCUCUGGUCCUUCCAGCAGAUGUACAGUCGUUAUCCGAACCACACCAAACAGGACCUAGAGUUCUUCACGAGGACCGCGACCCACAACCAUCAACUACUCUCCCUUCCAGCAGAGACGCUUCGCUCCGAAUUCCUGCGCAGCUUCUUGCAAAACAUCGGCAGUGAGAUGGCACCUGUCGCGGCAAUCCUUGGCGGACAACUGGCGCAAGACGUCAUCAACGUUCUAGGCCAGAACCAACAACCGAUCCAGAACAUGGUCGUCUUUGACGGAAACAAAAUGGAGGCCAACAUGUACGCGAUGCAUCCCGAGGGUAACCUCGGCCGAGCCCAGCUCGAGCUCACAACGCCCGCGCCGGCGUCCGCGCCUAUGGGUCAAGUCGGUAUGCCACAAAUGCUGCCGUUGGGCCAGACCAACAAUUCGGUGCCGGGAAGUGCCACCCAGUCGGAUGGCUUCAAUCAGGCCGGGUCGGCGGAGUUGGCGGCGUUCAUAAAGUGA